AUGAAUAUUAGGCGUUGGAUCGUGAAGAUUAUGGAAUUGCCGGAGGAGCAAAGGGGAGAUGCGGUGAGUUCUAUGGUGUACGAAGCGAAUGCGAGAGUAAGAGAUCCGGUAUACGGAUGUGUAGGGGCAAUUUCGUCUUUACAACAACAAAUAGACAUGCUUCAAACUCAACUUGCGCUUGCGCAAGCUGAGGUUGUCCACAUGCGCAUGCGUCAGUUCUCUUCUAUGCCUCAUUCUCCAGAAAAUUCGUCCAAGGAAACUCACUCCCACCAAAAUAAGUCCAUUUUUAGCAUGGACAUGGUUGAGGAUCAACCUAACAUGGACGACUCCUUAUGGAACUAA